UUGGUGAUUAUUGCCAAUAGGCCCAGUACGACUUUGGUGACCCUGGAAAUUCUCUCUCUGCUCGGGAACGCCUCCCUCGGCGUGUAGGUUCAACUCGCCUCACUUUCCCAGGCUGUCCCAAUGUAUCGUCCCGCGGAGUCCUCAAUUUACCGUAAACCCCCCAAGCCCAUUGCACCCAAUCCCACGAAACCCGCGUCAUAAGAACUUUUCCUCAAGGGCAUAUCAGUACUUGUACCCAUCAACGCCAUGCCCAGCCCCUUCCAAACACGCACAGGGGCACCGGGGCGGAGCUCGGCCUACCUUCUCCCUCCCCUCACCUCCCUCUGUCUCCAGUUCUCAGAUAACCAGAUCUGAAAAUCCCAAUUUAUAUACAAUUAUACAUUAUAUCCUGAUCUUCUCCCUCUGUUUUUGUUCAAAGAUUCGAAUCGGUUUGAUUCGAACACUGAGAUUACCCAAUGGGGGAUUUCAAUCUGGCUCUUGUGAUUGUGGCCAUAGUGGUGUGUGUUCUGGUCUUCAUCUUCAAUGUGUACCUUCUAGUGAACUACCAGCACCCGGACGAUGUGAACCAGGCGUACUUCCCGAAAUUCGUCGUCGUUUUGGGACUCUCCGUUGCCGCUAUCUCCAUCCUUAUGCUCCCCGCUGACGUCGCUAAUCGGCAGGCCUGUCGCCACGCGAUCUACAACGGUGCGUGUAAUUACACACUCCCAAUGAAGGAUCUCUGGCUCGCUAUCUACAUUAUAGAUGCUAUGCUGGUGUUCUUUAUCAUCCCCUUCGCUAUGUUCUACUACGAAGGCGACCAGGACAAGAGCGUUGGCAAAAGGAUCAAAAGUGCUUUCGUGUGGGUGAUAACGACUGCAAUUGUCUGUGCUCUUGUGCUUGGCAUUUUAUAUGGGCUAAUUGGAAAGGUGGACUUCACUGUUAGGCAUCUCUCUUCAUCCACAACUUCUUUUCCAAGUACAUGGGGCUUCUCGAGCAGCCAACCAUGUAUUGGAAGCGGCACACACCAGUGCUCUGCAUAUUCUGCAAGUUCUUCAUCAGAGACGACCUGGACAAUGCGGACUACCUUUCCAGAAUAUGUUGUUGCUCUUGCUACAAUUGUUGGAUCCAUAUUUUUCACUAUAUUUGGUGGUGUUGGUAUUGCCUCUCUUCCACUGGGGCUUAUAUUUUCAUUCAUUCGGCGUCCAAAGGCUGUUAUCACUCGUUCACAAUAUAUCAAGGAAGCAACAGAAUUAGGUAAAAAAGCAAGAGAGUUGAGGAAAGCUGCCGAUGCACUCCAUCAGGAAGAAAGAAGUGGUUCUAAGGGUAGAAAAUGGCGUAAAAAUGUGAAGUCAGUGGAAAAGGAGUUACUUGCAUUGGAAGAUGAUGUAAAAGCUUUAGAAGAGAUGUACCCUCAAGGUGAAAAGGCUGAGACUGCUUGGGCUUUGACUGUUCUUGGCUACAUGGCAAAACUUAUGUUGGGAAUUUUAGGUUUGAUUGUUUCAGUGGCUUGGGUUGCACAUAUUGUCAUAUAUCUGUUGAUUGACCCACCUCUUUCAUCCUUCCUCAAUGAGGUUUUUAUCAAGCUGGAUGACAUCUGGGGUCUUUUGGGUACUGCAGCAUUUGCAUUCUUCUGCUUCUACCUGUUGCUUGCUGUGAUUGCUGGGGCAAUGAUGCUGGGCCUGAGAUUAGUCUUCAUUACAAUUCAUCCUAUGAAGUGGGGAGCCACACUUAUGAACUCAUUUCUUUUUAAUGUGGGGCUAAUUUUACUUUGCUCCAUCAGUGUGAUUCAGUUUUGUGCUACUGCUUUUGCAUAUUAUGCUCAAGCAACUGCUGCUCAGGAAAUAUUUGGUCACACAUUGCAAUCGCUACGUGGAAUUAAAUAUUUGUACAAGUACAAUGUGUUUCAAAUUGCUUUCAUUGUUCUAGCAGGGUUGACUUUCGUCUACUAUGCAGCCUUUGUGAGUUUCACUCUACCAAUUCACUUUCUUUUUUACCUGGCCUUCAAUCUAAAAACUAUUUUGUUGAUGUUGGAAUUUUAGGGUUGGAGGAGAAGAAAACCCAGUGGCAGGUUCCAGCUUUCCACUUGAAGUGCAUUGUCCAGGACAUAAUGCACACAACUCAAGCUAGAGGUUUCAAAUUUUUGUGUCAUCUUGGAGUGAUCUUCAUAUUCAGAUGUUGCCCCUCAUUUGGUUCUAUUGUUGAACAGUCUUAAUAGGCAGACAUCUGAGUAAAGCUUGGUAGCUGCUGUGGACAUGAACUGUCGUCUGUUCAAAUAUCCUCCCCUCUCCUCCCCUCUCCCUUCGUUGUAUCUUCCUCUAUUUGAACUACGUUAUACAUAACCUUCAGUGUGCAGUGAGAUAUGUUUCAGACCUGUGGAGACUGUUCAAAGAAAUACCCCUGAUGUAAUAUAUUCAUUGAGAGCAAAAGAAAGAUAUCAACAGCUAGUUCUUGAUCA